GAUUUGGUUACCCGAGAGUUUGAACGGUCGUCAGAAUUUUGGGAGCUUUGUAAUUCUCUGUGUAGUGUGCCUUGGCUUUAAUGGCGGCAAUAUCCUCUGUUCAAUGCUUAUUCUCUUGCGAUUCCCAUCAUCAUCAACUCGUGCAGCAGAGUGGGUCGCUUUGGAGAUUGGGUUCUAGGGUUUUAGUAUCUUCGAGUCUGUGGAAGCGUUCUCAGUUUUCUCGAGGGGAUUCGUUGCGAAGGAGAAAUUUGAUCUGUGCAGUCAAGGGGGAUGCAGAAGGAGCGUUUAAGAAGACUGUUGCAAUCGAUCGGAUGAUUGAUGCUCUUCAAGAUGCAAACCCAAGAGAACUUGAGCAGCUUGUUGUUGAAAACAUCCUUGCUUUUGAUGAGGUUUUCUGGAUAAGACUCGCGGCCAGGUCGGAUACUUGCAAAUCAGAUGAUGACAAGAAGGACUAUGAGGAGUUAGCUGCAACCGUGAUGAGCAUAGUUGACUGCGUUGUGAAUAAGACUCGGGAAAAGAUAGAAACGUCUACUGAUGUUCUGAAAGGAAUAUUAAGACCCGUUGUGGAAGGAGUGGAAGAAAUUUCAUGGCCUCCAAGAGAUCCUGAAGCCAUCAAUCAAAUGGAAAACGAAAUAAUACAACGGGAAAAAGAAGGGCAAUUAGAUGAAGGGUUUCUUUCAGAAGUUAGUGCUCAGCUACGGCAGGCAAAAGAAGAUAAAGAGAAACCAGGGCUUGCGGCUAUGCUGCAAAAAGUUCUUCAACUCUAUGCUGCUACGAUUCUCUCCAAGCGUAGCUACGCAAAGAAAGGUACAUUAUCUACAAACAGAUUCACAUCACGUUUAAACUCAGACACAAACUAUCAAUUACAACUUGUGGUUGUUGUCACAGGGAACGAAGUUGUAAAGGCCGAGUAUUUUCUCGAAACUCUGAUCAAAGCUCCUGAGGAACAAUGGAACAAGCUUUUCUUAGACGGGUUAACAAUCGGGAAAGGUGAAAUCGCACCUGAUGAGCUAUCUUCCGUUAUCAAGAAACGAAUCGAGCGCACGCUCAUUCGAACUGAAGGAGGCUCGUACCAGCAGCGAGUCUUGAUUGAGUAUCUCAAAGGGAUCGAGUCCAGGGCUACUGAAAUUCUCAAAUUAAUUCAAGAAUAAUUCCGAUAAUUAUUUCCAAUUUUUUUUUCUAUGUAUUAUCAAAUCAUCUAUCCAAUUAAAUUUCGUUAUAAUCU